UUUUUUUUUUUUGUUAUUCUUUUGCUUAUCACGACGACACCACAAUGACUAAGACUUUAUCGAUUUUAUUGAUGUACGGUAUUGUGGGUUCUUUUCUAUGGCUUUUAUUUGCUCCAUCCGUAGAUGGGAAAAUUUCUGCUGCCUCUUCGAUUAUUACUGCCGCUACCGCUGCCGCUGCGGAUUGCAAGGAAUUAAGUAUUAUUUCUUAUUAUUCUUUGUAUGCAAAUUUAGAUCAAUGGAAUUGUUAUUCAGCAAGAAACGAAGGUUACUUUUGCAACAGUAAAGAUCAAACAACCACCCAGUUGCGCUGGUAUUACGAUAAAGGCCAAUGUAAAAAAUUCAACUACAAAGGAUGUUAUGGUAAUCGGAAUCGUUUUUGCACCAAAGAGAUAUGUAUGAAACGAUGUGAGGGGCAAUGAAGUCAACGUAAAAAGCAAAGAACGGCAAAAAUCUUUAUGCAUUCAAUUACGUAAAAAGUAAUCGUUGUAUUUUACUCGCAACAACAACAAACAAUUUUUUCUUAUAUUUUACUAUUAUUUAAGAG